AUGGCCGGGAUCAAGAAGACCCUGCUCCGAACCAAGCUCAACCGGCGGACGACGCUGGUCGCCUCGAAGAUCUCUGAGUUCCAUGGCCAGACCGAGACCCCACAGACCCACAGCAACCCGCUUUUGCGCCUUGCCACCGAGCUGAAGAAGGAGAAGCGGGACCGCAAGCUGGCGUCGUUCACCGAGAGAAUGAUGAACAAAGUGACUUUCAACACCGGCAACGGCGUCUCUAAGUCCGCAGCGAGACGUCAGCGACGCAAAGCUCGCCAGCAGCUUAAGCCGAACCUCAACGACUUGCUCACGCUGUUACCGGAUCCUGCCACCACCACCAUCACCAAGAGCGGGUUUAUUCCUCCGAAGCAAACACGGAACCCUCACGCCCCCACCACCAAGACACAGAAGGGGAGACUCCGAGUGAUGAAACAAGAGAAUGAACAGUUCAAGCAGGUGCUCCAGAACCAGGCGUUCCGCCAGCUGCCGUUUGCCGCGUUGAGAGAGGCGAUCAAAAACAACGGUGCCUCCGCAUAA